AGUACACUGGACAUCUUGUGAAUAUCUGAGCUCAUUACUAUUUUUAGUUUAAAAUCAAGAAAUGGAUACUUCUGCCAUCUAGUGGCAGGGACUGAAGCACCUGCCCUAAAAACACGUCAACCAGACUCAAAAAAUGUUUGUAUGUCACUGCAUUCAAGUGGUUGUCAGCCUUUAGCAGAACAUGUUCUAGUUAAUGUGAUUGAGGAGAUCCUCAUACAUCUAUUGAAAUAUAAAUAGUUUAUGUGGCUAUGAGAAUACAGACAAAUAUAUUUAGUCUAUUCUGUAUUCUGUUAUCUUGUAAUUGUGAAAAAUAGUUUAUUUAUUAAACAGAUUAUUUUAUUAAUGAAUUCUAAUACAUCUUUAAAUAGUCAUCUAUUAUAAAUAUGAUUGUGUAGUUUGUUGCAAAGGAUAUUUUAGAACACUGGAUGCUUGUUGAGGGUUUUAUGGUGGCAAUUAUUUUUCUAAAAUACAAACGUCUUGCUAGAUUGGGUUUGUUUUAGAGGAAUCUGAGAGUGUUUAGUCCCUGAUCACUACUUUGGAAAAAUAGGAUCAGGUACCAGAAUUAGUAUGUGAUGGGACGCAAGAGGAGCAUGUAACCCAAUCACUAAUGAGAUUACACAGGAUUAUGUCUCUGGACUCUCGAUCAGUCUUCAGCAGACUUGAUAGCAACAGGUUGGUCUGUGAACAUGCCACCGGAUAACCAAAUGAAGAGAAACUAAUCCAACAGGUUAAUUCUUAGCCACUGAAGUUCAACAGGGAUCUGUAUCCAGCUAUUGAAGCAUUCAACCAGGCAUUGUGUCAAGGCAAUAGAGCACCAUGUGAAAUCUUCAUAAAAUGGCUAUUUAUGUACUGUGGUCAGCAGUUGUCUGGAGUCUCAAGGGCCUGUUGUGCACAUGGAGGUUUUUCUGGGUCAGCCCAUAUUGUGCUCUAAAAUCUGCACCAUUAACACAGCAUGCAGCUGACACUGACUAUAAAUUACCAUCCAAACUGUCACCAGUUGUCCAGCAUGUCAAGCAUCUGGCAAGGACAGAUUUAAAUGCAGACUCAGUGAAGAAGGUCAAACCAGAAAACUGUGUUCAGCCUGAACGCACAAGUGGCCUGUUCAAGAGACUGCUAAAGGCUGAGGGGGAGAUUCAAGAGCUGAAGAUAGAGAUUGCAAAUCAGAGAGCAUCAUGGGAGAUGCGGUUUGUGGAGCUGCAAAAGAGACAACAUGAUCUAAGAGACCAGCUGACCUCUGAGAUUCUGGUAAGGACUGGAACACUGUACAGAGACACUGAUUCAGAAGACACAAAUGAAGUCUUUCUAGAGUCUGGCUUGGAGAAUGGACUUAAUCCUGAGGAGGAGGAUGAAUGUUCUAGUGGUCUCAGACACCAGCAAAAGGGACCUGAUGUGGAAUUGCUUAUAGACUGUGGCAGUCAAACCUCCUGCCCAUCAGACUCCAGAGCCACUUCUGUCAUGUCUAACAUCAGUAUAAGGUCUUGGAGGAGUGGAGGGGGACCUCAUCGAGUGUUUGUGCCCCACUCCCCCAUGGAUUUGAAGAUUGGGCACAGGGUACGAAUCAUGUUACCCUCUGGACGGAUCAGCACCGGUACCUUACGCUACCUGGGCAACAUACAAAACUCUCCCGAAUACCAUCUUGGCGUAGAACUGGAGUUGGCUGAUAAUGGACAGCAUGAUGGCACUUAUGAAGGACAGCGCUACUUUUACUGUGACCCUGGACAUGGUGCAUUUGUAGCAUUCAGUAAAUUGUUAAUGGCAUGGGAGUAGAUGCUCUUAUUGGAACACUUAAGUGAAGACUCUUAAGGCCACUCAAGGGCACUCUUGCAACAGUUCGCUGUAUGGAUCAGAGCACAGCAAUGAUGAAGUAGUUUUGUAGGCCAACCCAGAAGUUAACAUUCCCUACACAAAAACACAAUAGGAUUUUGGAUUAUUGCAGAAAUUAUGAAGUAAAAAGCUAAACAUAAGUAAACAUGGUCACAUGACUUCAAUGUCACCAAUAUUACAUAGCAAAAAUUGUAUUAAAGACAUUUUCCCUGAAAGUUUGAUUUUUAAUAGUCUGCGAUAGCAUGAUUAUAAACACGAUGAGGCUGUGAAACUGGGUAGUGAGUAGAUGAGUUUACCUGUUCAGUUUGAAGACAUUUAACAUCCCAGAAAACCUCUGUAGUCCCAUUUAGUUACUUGUUAGCAACCGCCUUUAUCAAGACAAGCAACAGCAUUAAAAACACUAAGGGGUCUUAGAAUAAAACAUGAUAAUAUCUUAGGCUUGUGUUCACCACUUCAGUCAUUUAACCAAAAACCCAUUCAAAAACCAAAUUGACUUCAGUACAGUGCUAAAAUGCUAACUCUUUCCAGGUUUGGCCUACAAAAACACAUCAUGCCUGCAGGACUACUUGUGUAUAGUGUAACUCUACUAGUAGAACAAUAACUUGUAACUGGCAAACAGGUGACCUUAUAUGUUACCAUAAAGGUGAAAAGGGUAACUUUGCCACUAGUGACACCAAAUGUAAUAGCAAAAAUGAUGACUGUUUUCAAACAAAACAAAUAAUUUCAACCCAAAAUUGUGCCAUUGGAUGGACAUGGUAGCAAUCUUUUGAAAGUGGCAUCAACCUAUGAAUGUAUUAGCUACUUGGAGUCUCUGCCUAUUAAUAAGCUGUCAUUUCUACCAAGAAAUCACACAUGUGAUCAUGUGAUUCAUAUGAAAAUGUAAACAUAUGAUUUUUAGAAAAUAAGCUAGCAUGAAGGUACUCCCUAACCCUAACCUCAAUGGGACAUAAGCAGAUCUUACAAAUUACAAAUUAGCCACCGAUUCUGCAUGUAUGUAGAUGUAAAUGUUAAUAUAGUUACACAUUGCCAUGCGAUUGUGUUGGAAUCUGCACUUUUUCAUGUUCAUUUAUGACUGUUGGGGAAAUUCUGUCUUUCAAAUAUAUACUAAAAUAUCAGCACAACUGAGAUAGGUAGACUUAUAUCAGUAGGUUAAACAGAUCAAAUUAUCCAAAAUAUUUCCAUACAAGGAACAGGUACGUGCAAGAGAGUGAUGAUGGGUGGUCAAAUUCUGUGGAAUUCUGUUGACACACAUUCCAUGCAUGUCUGCUUAUUGCCAAUAUCCGUUAAUGCAAAUUAAGGAUACACUCUAUUGAACACAGAUAAAGAGGACAUUUAAACAGCAUUCUGAGGUAGAAACCAGUCACCUCUGCUGCAUUCUACUAUUCAGGAUUAGGUUCAAAAUAUUCCCAAGAGGCCAGGUGUGUUCUCCAGAUCCACGUAUCGAAAGAUUUUCCAUUUAUUGAAGGAUGUGUUCUGAUGUUUCAGGAAAAAGCCUCAACCAAUACAUGACACUGUUAUACCCCAUUCAUGGAAAUUAAGAUGAUUUUUUUUGUAUCAAACAGGUUUACCCACGGACUUUUCAAAGAGAAAUGAUAAUGCUCAUGUUACAAAAUAUAAUAAUGUUACACACGUCUUAAGCAAAAGUCUUUGCUUUGGCUUUUUUGGUUAUUUUUGUCACUGAACUUCCUCUUACAAAGCAAGCAAAUCAUAUUUCUAUGGAUUAAGAUAAGGAAAUAAACAAUGAUCACAUGAAUUACAGGCAGCUGUUUUGCAUUUUCAUAAUACUUUCUGGUGCGUGUGAACUUCCUUCUUCCUUGUAGAUGUAAACAGAUAAAUAUAUUGUCUAAAAGGGAGGGAACGACAGAGAGAGAGCGAGAGAUGGAAAUUUAUACAUAAUUUGACAUUAAAUGAUGACAUACACAAUCGCCCCAGAUUUACUAUUCAAAUCAUAUAAACUGUCAUACUCUACAUCCUUUUGUAAAUACUGGACUUAAGUCAUUACAUGUAAAAUUGUUCAUGUCACAACAUUUUUAGUUGUUAUACUGGCUUUCAGCAGUAAAAGCAAAAAUAACAUUAACAAACGAAAAAAGAGAAACAGUUCUUUGAAAAGCAGUAUUUAUAUUCAUACAAUUGAAUAAAGUAACAAAUAGCACAGAAUGUUUUGUGUUGAAUGUAAAGGUGUGUCUAGGACUGUAGUUAAAACACUGCCAUCAGUCACAAAUAAAAUCAAAACAGAAACUAUUUUACAGAAACAUUUUAUUUCGUGCCAACAGCAGGUUUCCCAGCUUGUUAACAUGCAGUUAACAUAACAUACUCAUGUAUGUGGUAUUACUGGUUAAUCUCCAUCUAAAAUGGUUAAACACAUUGUGAAAAUAAUUAUGAUGCAUGCAGUAUCUAGCUCAUAUUAAUUGAGAGACUAUUUGUUUAUUUAAAAACCGGAUUGCAAAAUAUUGAAUGCAGGGUUAUUUAAACCAUAUGAGUUACAAUAAAACCCAAAAAGUGAACACAUAAGAAAUAUGUGUAUCCCUAUAUUAUGUUUAUACAAAAAUU